AUGUUUCCAUCAAAGUACUCAAUUGGCGCUGCUCUACUUGCAUUCUGUGUUGUUACAAAUGCAUCUCUUGCUCCGUCUGUUCCCGAGCCUGGUACUGUCUGGCAGGCAGGCAAAGAAUAUGAAAUUAUCUGGGAGGAGGACAAUAUCAAGCCUUCGAUCAGUCAAGCAUGGACAGACUUUAGAAUUGAUCUUAUGACUGGAGAUAAUGAUGAUCAGAUCGUUCUGGAUACCAUUGCCUCUAAUAUGAGUGGUGUUGACAGUAUGUCAUACAAAUGGGUAGUUCCAGAUGUAGAGCCUCAUGCCAAUAUCUAUUUCCUGAUGUUCACAAAUGACAAAGACGAAGCAGCAUGGACAACACGGUUUGCAAUCGUUGGGCCAGACAAUAUCCAACAAAAACCAGAGAAUACCCUUCAGCCUGAUGGUCAGAAUAUCCCAUGGGGUAUCGGUAAAUUAGUAGACGAAGAACAAACAGUAGCCUCAGUCAGUGUUGUUAGUGCUGUUGGUGAUGCUGCUAUUUCUGCUGCUGCUGCUGUUCCUUCGGUCGGUGGAGUAGUGUCAGAAAACACGAGCAAUAUGUCUAUCAUGCCCGGUUCUCAGACAGCACCUUCUGCUUCUAAUGUCCAAGCAACCACUACCAUAACAUCUAAGGCCCAAAGUUCUCAAACAUCUGGAGACUCUGCUCACACUGCCAGCAACGUGUCUAGUGCCUCUGCCUUGUCUGCCUUGGCUAAUUUCACAGGUCUCCUGGUAUCCUUGACUGUGGGGAUGUUGUUCCUCUAA